CAAAGAUUCGGACCAAUGAGAAGGCUCAAGUUGGGGUUGUAAGAAGUUACGAUUUAGAAAUAUUCUACGCCAAUGCUACGCUGCUUCCUGGCUGCCUCCAUGUUGCAUGAAGAGCGAAUAUAAAGCGGUUUUUUAUAUAGCUGCCUCUCAAGGCUCGUCUUCACGAUGGAAUAUGUCUCGGCAUUUCGCGUUUUUUUCAGUUGUUCAGUGUUUGAUAGUGACGAGAAACAUUUUGAAAGUGGUACAAAAUUUCAAUUUUCAACGGUAACCAAUCAAAAGCAACACGGUGACGGCGUGGAAGAAGUAAUAUUUAAAAGAAAUGCAAAUCUGUUUCCCGUCUUGUAACGAGGUGAUAAUUGGAGUGAUAUCUCACUGCAUUUAAAAUUCCCGCUAAUAUAAUGACGCAAACGUUUCGGAAGGUCAUUGGCUGAAGUCGGAUAUGAUGCACAAGAGCCACUCUCCCCCUACAAAAUAAUAUCUUCUAUCAUUGGUGAAAUUUUCACAUCCGUUUUCCACUGCUAUUUUGACAGCCUAGUCAGAGAGGGCAGUAGUUGGAGUGAAAGUAGGUCUUCAAUUUCUCGUCGAAGUAUUUACUCGUUUCGGGUUAAUGCAGUAUGUUUCAUAAUUAAAUUACUCACACUAUAAAAUAACAAUUAUAAUUUACUAGGAAAAUUACUCUCUGUGUUCUGCAACUUUGACUUGACAUUUGAUACGAUGCCAACGUCAGGAACGUCAGAUUGGGCCAGGCUGUCUGUGGCAGAACUGAGGUUGCAGCAACGAUGGCAUAGGAGGCAACGCAGUGUAAUUGUUCAUUCAUCACCUUUGUCUGCAUCGGGCAGACACUCAAGGCGACUGUCAGCAACAGGUCUAGCUGUUCAAUCACUGUUACGGACCAGGGAGGCAGUUCGAGACCUUCAAAAGCAAAGAGCUGAGGUUGAAUUGGAAGCGGCAAUUGCAAAAACUGCUUUUGAAAAACGAGCUUUGGAAUUGCAAGAGUUAACUUUUCAGCGACAAAAGGAAUUGCAUGAAUUGACUCUUCAACACAAAAAGGAACUUCUGCAACAUCAAAAAGAACUUCAUGAGUUAACCUUGCAACAAAAAAAAGAGCUACAUGAAUUGGCUUUGAAACAACAAAAGUGUGCUUUGGAGAAACAGCUUUUGGAAUUGGAAAAAUUGAAGAAGGAGUUAUUGCAAUGAUGAUUCUUGGUUACAUUUGGUGCAGCUUCCAGAUGUUCCUAUUUGUUAAGAGAAUCUACAGUAUGUAAUGAAGGAAAUAGAGAACAUUGAAGAUUAUAAGUGAAUAUGUCUGAACUGCUAGAAUGUUUAAGAUGAUUUAAUUUCUGUGAUGAAAAAAUCAAUUGGAACUUUCACAUAAUGAAUGUUGAAUUGUUGAAUUCAAAAUGCAAUUGAUCUAAGGAUUUGAAAUGCAAUUCGUGUGAAUGAUUCAUUCUUGUGAAUACUUGAAAAUUUGUAGCAUCUUAACAGAAGGUACAUUUUUCAAUGCAAAAAUAUUAAGAUCUGAUUUUGACACUAAAGAGAAUUUGCCAAUUGAGUUUUAAGCAUUUUUAAUUUUUUUUAAUUCUUGAAAUAUGGUGCUAACUACUGUGUUAUAGUAAGAUAAAUAGUUGCUGAUUGGUCCCAUAUUAAUUUAUUGGGUAGAUAGUAUGGCCCAGUGGAUGUAAGACUGCUUUUUUAAUAGAAAACCCUUUUUUAAUCAAAAUGUGGUAAUAGCAGAAGUUUCAUCUAGUCAUGCUAGAAGUCAACAGAGAUGUAAUGGUUUUUACCAAUACUAAUACCUUAAAUUAAAACUAUACUGUAAGAAAAAAACAAAACAAAAAAACUGAUAAUUACCUUAAGUUUCAGGCAGUGAAAAAUUGAAAUUUACUCUAGUCUUAAGACCAUGCAGUGUUAGUAAUUGUCAAAAGUUAUUAAGAAUUGACACAUACUCAUAAUUUAUUUUAGUAUUGUCAGUAACUGUAUCCAUAGGUCUGGUAUGUGGACACCCUGAAAAUUUCAAAAGGGGCUUCAUAAUUAGUAGUAAUAAAACAUGUUAUUUCCUUUGAUGAUAUGAUCAAUUAGUAAUUUUCCACUUGAUUUAAGUUGGAAAAGAACCCCUAAAAAUAAUCUGGUAAAUGGUUCUACACAAAAUCAAUUUUACACUUAUAUUAAUAGUAUUCUUGAAAUUAUAAUUUCAUUCUCCUAGAAGUGUGUUUUAUUUCCAAGAAAUUAAUGUCGUAUAUAACAAGAAAAAGGAAAAGGGAGCCCACAAAAGUAGACCCCCUCCCUCUUCUUUUAACCUGCGUACACCAGUGUAUAUCCGAUUGCUUCUUUAUUAUUCUCUGAUGAGCUCUAGCAUGGCUAGUCAAAACGUUAGCUUAAAACAAAUGAAGGGGAAAAAAGAAGAAGAAAAAAAAAAAAAAAAAAAAAAAAAAAAAAAAAAAAAAAAUCGGAGUUUUAUAUCCACC